UUAAAAGGAUCGGAUAUGAAGUGAGCGAAAAUGAAAUGGGUCAUUGAUUUUGUCGAUUAUUUCUGUCUCAAAGCAACAAAUGUAAACAUGAAUUAUAAAAUACGGUAGUUUCAUGUGUCAAUUGUGUUAUUAAUCAUUUAUGUCCUCAAACGCCAUUCUAUACCAAAUUAAAAAUGAUCAUCAAUUACAUUGCUCAGUCUACCAAUACGACUGUUUUUUCCUUGUACCUUUCGCCUUGAUAAAGUACAAUAAUGAACUAGAAUAAUUGUCAAAUGGCUGCAACUUUAUGGGCGCAUCUGCAUGCGUGGUCCCUCAGAAGACUUGUGGUGAAAAAUUACGAUCUUGGCGUUCAUGUCUACCACGACAAAACAACAGGAGUCAAAGAUGAUAUGUACAGCCUCAGCAGGCAGAAAUGGGAAGAAAGUCGUGGAGUUCUGUGGACUUUGAGAAACAAAAGACCAGAACGAUUAAAAGACUGCUUAACUGAAGUUGAGGAUCUGAUUCAAGCUUUUCAAAUUGUGCAAGUCAAUUGGAUCAGUGCAAGAUUUGUGCAGAUUUUGUUAAGUAAUUGUGCUUUGGUAUCGUUCAUGGUUGCCAAGAACUCUGGUGAUGUUGAGAAAAUAUUUAUUGAUAAAUCCCUUUGUGGGAAAAUAACAGACAAAAUUGAUGCUGGUAUUUGGGCAGAAGACUUCAUGUUGCUGUCAUUUUGUGAUAAACCCAAACUCUGCUGUAUCAACUUUGCUCGAAAUCUUCCUACUGAUUUCAGAAGGCUUGAAAAAUUAGUAGCAUUGGAUAUGAAAGCUACUUUCAUUGACCUUCCUGGUCAGUCGGGAAGAAGGCUGAAUCGUUGCCUUAGUUUGAACACAAGAAAAGACAUGGUGUCUGUUUGGUGGUCGUUAGCAAGCGAGGAAGCGUGGCCUUGGUCCCCUGUUGCUGGGGACAGAGCAAGAGCUAAUGUGGUUAUCGUUAGAGUGAAAGGGGGGAAAUUUGAUGAUUUGGCGUAUCUACGUACAGAUUGUGACCCCAUAUAUGUUUCAUUUAGUUCUCAAAAUCCUAAUCAUAUUCUGACAAUUGAAUCGACUCCAAAGAAUGAAGGAGAUCACACUGUUGAUAGCUGUGUCUAUGAAUUUAACAAAAAUGCUGUAAAAAGAGAUAGUGCUGUAUCUAUUCCACUAAAAGCUGCAGUGACCUGUUUAGCCUGGAAUAAAGCAGAGGAUAAACUUUUGAUGGGAUGUAAAGACAAGACCUUGAUUUUGUACGACUGCCAUAGGCUAGUGACACAAAUCAGAAAUAUACGUUUUAUUCCAUCAAGAGUAUCCUGGCAUCCAGCAGGUUCUGUUAUUUUCAUCUUCAGUUCCCAAGGUGAUAUUCAGGUAUUUGACAUGGCCUUGGCUCCCCUACGGUUCCAACUUGCUACAGAGAGGCCAUCUUCAGACUCACAAGUCUUUAUGUUUCAAAUGUCAGAAUAUUUUAGAGGUAUCAAACUAUCUCAUGCAGAAUGGUCAUGUGAUAGUCCUCUCAACUCAGUAAUGGAUGGCGAUGUCUCAUGUAAUGAUAAUCUUUUCAUGGUGUUUCAAGAUGGAAGUUUGUUAUGUAACUUGAGGGUAGAGUUAGGAUCAUUGAGUCUUGGUCGUCUUGGUCCUCAAGAACUCAUUGAAGAAUACAUCAAACAUGAUCAAGCAGAACAGGCUGUGAAUUUUGUGAACAGUAUCAACUGGAAUGCUGAUGGAAAUUCUUGUUUUGUUUGUCUUUCUGCUGUUAUGAAUUAUUUAUUGAAGUCUCCUUUGACUGAUGACAGAGAAGUUCUACUGGAAGAGACACUUGGCUGUUUCUACACACCUUCCAGGCCUAUCAAUGACGUUGUUGUGCUUCAAUAUCGAGAUCCGUUAAGUCGGUAUUCAAGAAGAUUUUUCUACCAUUUAUUGAGGCACAAGAAGUUUCAGAAAGCAUUCAUGCUUGCUGUGGACAUUGGAGCUGGUGAUUUAUUUAUGGAUAUUCAUUUUGUUGCUUUGGAUGCAGGGAACAUUUCAUUAGCAGAGAAUGCUAAAAACAAAGCUCUAGAAAUUGACAGUGAACUUCUAUCAACUGACACGGACAGUUCCUCAGGUGUUGGAGAUGAUGCGUCCAUUGAUGAUCAAGAUUUCAGAAUUGAAAAUAGUUUUUUGAAUGAUCCAAGAGUGAAUAUAGCUUUGGGUAACCAGAAUGGCAUAAGGAAUGAUGGACAGGUUUUGGUGGAACAGACUGAAGCAACUUGGCAAGAGAGGAAUGCAGUUGACAGGACCGAUGAUGAAGCAGACUUACCAGAUGGUCAUCAAAGCAAUGCUGUUUUACCAAUUAAUACAAAUAUCACACAAAACCCAGAUGUUUGGGCACUCGCAAAUAAUAUUGACCUUGUAACCACAGAAAAUGAAGAUGAAGAUGUAAUAUAUCUGUAAAGUUUAUCCUAGCUCUGAAGAUUGACUGAGAAUGAUGCUGAAUCU